AUGCUGGGAAAAGCCUGGAAAGAUGAGUUUGAGUUGCCGGAGGAAAUUCAGAGGGUCGCCGUUGUCAUAGGCGAGACGGGAGUUGGGAAAUCAACGAUUGUGAAUAUGCUUUACAAUCAGGAUAGCAGUGAAAGAUGCUGUGCCGAGCCCAGUGUGACUGGCAACUCGGCCGAUUCAGUGACGAAGGCAUCCUCCCUACAUUUGUGCAUGCGGACUGGAUGGUGUUUGGUGGACACAGUCGGGGUGGGAGAUCCCGACUUGCGCCAGAAUCAGAUCGUUGACAACGUGCGGAACGUGAUUCGCAACACUGCCCGCGGAGUGCAUGCCGUCAUCAUAGUCAUGAAGAUGGGCCGUGUUCCAAAAGCCUCGCGGGCCAAUCUGGUAUUGCUACAGAAGUUGUUCCGAGAGGAGGAUCUCAAAUCCCAUGGUGUCCUGGUUCUUACCCACUGGUCUGGUGAGCUUGGAGAGGAAGAAGGGGCUUUGAAGGAAUGGAUGGGCUCAGCACCUGGGGAGACAUUUGAGGACGCGCAUGGCAGCGAGUCUGAGGGCCCGAGCAAACAAGAAGCCAGCUCGCUGCCUAAUAUGAUCGACAAGUUCAGCCGCGUCAUACUUACCAACAACCAGCUGAAGGGCCGAGGCGCCUACUCCGAGUGCAGGCAGAACUGCCUUUGCGAGCUUUUGGAGUUUGUCCACAGCCGCACUUGCAAGAUUCGACCAAGGCCGGUCAAAUUCAAGGACUUCAUCUACGACCUGAUGCUCGACAUUUACGAGAUGUUGUGGGGGAGCGUGGUGACAAUCAAGGACUUGCUGGGCCGCGGUGAGAGCAAGGAACUCCCGACCUACUGUGGAGCGUGUGCAGUGUGUUCUCGGCAGAUUGAGCUGCAACAAGCGUGCAAAUUGACCUGCGACCACUCGUUCCAUCAAGAGUGUGUCAAAGAUUUGACCGCGUGCCCGGUGUGCCAAGCUCCGGUGGUGUCUUUGUUCAGCUUUGCAGAUUUCUUUUCGGGAGGUGUAUAG